GACGUGUCAGUUCUGCUGACGGGGGCGCUUGGGCUGCUCGCGCCUGGGGCUGUCGCGAAUGGCCCAGAAGUGGGGGCGCCGGGUCAGGAGCCCAGUCUGUUCAGUCAUCGUUUUAAACGCUGGCAUCUGUCACGUCCUGCUGCCCGGGCCCACGUGCUCCCUGCGACGUGCUGCUGCUGCCGCCGCCACCGUCUGGUCCCCGACACGGGGCCGACAGCGAGGACUGGCCCCUGUCGGGGGCUGGGUUGCAACCUGGGCGGGAGGGAGCGCCACACCUGCCCCCCACCGGCCAGCGCCCACCACCCACCAGAGGCCCAGGGCCGCACAGCCCCUGCGCCGCUCACGUGGUGGCUCUCACGCGCCAGGGCCGGCUGCUGGCGGGAUGGACACCCCGGAGGAGGAGAUCUGGGCCAGCGGGGCCCCGCCCCCGGCGCCCAACAUCAGCGUGCCGCACCGCUGUCUGCUGCUGCUCUACGAGGACAUCGGCACCUCUAGGGUCCGGUUCUGGGACCUCUCGCUGCUUGUCCCCAACGUGCUCUUCUUCACCUUCCUGCUCUGGAAGCUUCCGCUGGCGCGGGCCAAGAUUCGAGUCACCUCCAGCCCCAUUUUUAUCACCUUCUAUAUCCUGGUGUUCGUGGUGGCGCUGGUGGGUAUCGCCCGGGCCGUGGUGUCCAUGACGGUCAGCACCUCCGAUGCUGCGACUGUCGCUGACAAGAUCCUGUGGGAGAUUACCCGCUUCUUCCUGCUGGCCAUCGAGCUGAGCGUGGUCAUCCUGGGCCUCGCCUUUGGCCACCUGGAGAGCAAGUCCAGCAUCAAGCGGGUGCUGGCUAUCACCACGGUGCUGGCCCUGGCCUACUCCGUCACCCAGGGCACGCUGGAGAUCCUGUACCCGGAUGCCCACCUCUCGGCCGAAGACUUCAACAUCUACGGGCACGGGGGCCGCCAGUUUUGGCUGGUCAGCUCCUGCUUCUUCUUCCUGGUCUACUCUCUGGUGGUCGUGCUCCCCAAGACCCCGCUGAAGGAGCGCAUCUCCCUGCCCUCGCGGAGGAGCUUCUACGUGUACGCGGGCAUCCUGGCGCUGCUCAACCUGCUGCAGGGGCUGGGGAGCGCGCUGCUGUGCGCGGACAUCAUCGAGGGGCUCUGCUGCGUGGACGCCACCACCUUCCUCUACUUCAGCUUCUUCGCGCCCCUCAUCUACGUGGCCUUCCUGCGGGGCUUCUUCGGCUCAGAGCCCAAGAUCCUCUUCUCCUACAAAUGCCAAGUGGACGAGACCGAGGAACCGGACAUGCACCUGCCCCAGCCCUACGCGGUGGCCCGGCGGGAGGGCCUAGAGGCAGCGGUGGCCGCCAGCACGCAGUUCGACUCGGCGGGGGGGAUGGCCCACCUGGACGAUGUGGCUUCCAUGCCUUGCCACACCGGCAGCAUCAACAGCAUGGACAGUGAGCGCUGGAAGGCCAUCAACGCGUAGCCUGGCUGCCCCGGGAGGGCGGGAGGGCCUGGGGGCCUCUGGAGGACCUGUGGGGGAGUGCGGAGCCCCCGGCAGAGGAGGACGGGGGUCAGGCCCCUGCGUGGGCAGCAGCCCUGUGCAAGCUCUGUCCCCCACUUGCCUGCGGCCACCUCUGCUUCAGCUGGGGGCCGCCUCCCCGUCCCACCUGCCCUCGCCUUGCUCAGCGACUUGGCCCCGACUUUGACGUCUCAGGGCCAGGCCUGGCCAGGCUGGCCGAGGGCACCUCCCUGCAGCCUGGGUCUGAUCCUCAUCCUCCCCCCACCCCCAAAGCCCACUCUGGUGGGUGGGCUGAAGUGUGUAUAUUUUCUUGAUCUGUUUUCUAAUAAAAAGGAAAAGGAGCAGAAGGUGUUGCCGUGAAGGCUGUGCGGGGAUACCGGGGGGGCUGGGGCGCCCCUC